UAGUAGUUUAGAAAUUUAGACAGGAACCGAAAACACAUUUCGGAACCUCCACAUUUUUUGGAAUCUACAAAAUUAUAGAUAAUGUGCGCCUGCUGCCAUAGUAGCUGUUAUGGCUGCUGCUUUCCUCCCCGCUGCAGGGAUACCAAGUUGGUAGUUAUCGGCAAGCACCGCAUCUGCAUCCCCAAGAAGAAAGAAAAAUGUAACUGUUAUCGGAAUCGUUGCCUCCUGGUGGCACUGGCGUACCUCUUCCGCUGCUCACAUGUCUCCAUGCUGUCCAUGCUCUGGCGAAUGGCGUGCAACGCGGGCCAGCCACUGAGAGGAUUCUCGCGAGACGCGGCCUGGAGUGUGAUGCAGGGGGUGAGAGCGCCAUUUACCGAAGUGAAUGACCAAGAGAUCUACGACAGUUUGUACGAUCGCUGCGGGAUGGCCAUCGAUCCAUUUGACCCGGACAACACCUACAAGAUGCUGCGCCUGAUGUUCAUCAACACGGCCCUAGGCCCGGAUCAGCGGAUGGGUCUCAUGCGCAUGCUGGAAAAGCUGAAUGAGUGUUCCUUCCGGCAAGUCAAUCUGGACCUGCUUCUGCAAACGCUCGCCUCCAUCAGCAUUGACGAAUUCGUCUACAGCCUCAUCCAUCAGCACAAGCUGAACGCCUGCAAUGACAAGCUAUCCGAGGAUCUGUCGCAGCUCUACGAACGCGUGGGCACCACCAAUAAGCACGCCAUCAUACGAAACCGCAAUCGCCGUGACAGUGGGAAGGUCGACGUGGAUAUGAGUGUCGACCCUGUAAAGGCGGCAUCCGACCUGUCUCGCAACACCCUAGUAUACUGCAUCCCUGCCUCAAGGAAUACCAACCCUGAACAAUCACGUUCAAGUCCCAGUGGCUGCCUGCGGUACGCCCCAAGGGGGAAGGACAAGCGGCGGAAAAAUAACAGCAACGGACUAAUGCUAAGUGGCCGCACGGGCACAGAUCCAUAAUUUUGUUCAUCGAUUCACAAAUCAAUCUACAUCUAUACAUCGUAUAUAUAAAAAUGGAGUGCAAAAUUUAUGUGAUUUGGCUCAAAUUUUGUUUCAGUGGUUCGUAUUCGCCAGAAGAAGGUUUUAGCGAAAGAACAUUUUUGGAAAACCCACUGGGAUAGAGGGUACGAAUGAAAGCAUACGUGCACUAGAGCGAGCAAAUUCAGCACAAAUAUUUUCCACCAUAUACCACACUCAUCCACAACUUUGCAGUCUAGAGAUUUUAUAGAGUCUGCUAAUUGGUAUACAGGCAGAAAGCUUAAGGGCUAACUUACACCUGAAACACACAGAAUUUCAUUAAUUUAAAAGUCGGCCAGGCGUUGCACAUAUCCCACACGGCAACUGAUGGCCGGUCAGAGCCAGAGCAUAUUUUAUAAAUAAGUAAAAUGAAUUUUCUCCAAACAUUUAAACUUGCCAAACAUCAGCAGCAGCAG